GUCUGUUUAGUAAUUUCAACUAUCUCGGGAGGAUACCCAGCAAAAAGACCCUGCUUAGCCAUGGCAACUACUAUGCUCUCCAGUUCCCUGCUUUCCCUCCUCUAUUUGGUGCUUCUGACAUUUGUGGGCAGUGCGGUGCUCCUUGCUGAGAUGCACCAGCACAGCUCACAGAGCCGCAACGUCCAUGCUUUCCUGGAGGUGCUCAUGAUCUCUUCCUGCAUCUGGAUGCUCUGGUUUGGCUGCCACUUUUCCCGCAACAAGCAGCUGAAAAGGCACCAGGAUCACCAGGCAGGAGCAAGCUGGCUAAAAGGCGGUCUCUCUCUCUUUGCACUGGCCACCUUGGUUCUGGACUGCCUCUCCUUGGGGUACUGCUACGAGCUGCAGCACUGCGCCUCCAUGCUCAUCACCACUUUCCCUGUCGUGCAGGCUGUUUUUACCAUCAUCCAGGUCUCAGUGCUGUUGUUUAAUGCUAAAGUUUGCAUCCAGGAACACCAGCAUCUAAAUAGGUUUGGGCUGAUGCACACUCUGGCCACCAACGUGCUCCUGUGGAUGAGUGUGGUGCUGGAUGAGUCCAUGAAGCAGCUGGAAGAAUUUUAUGAUGCUCACAAGGGAGAGACUUCACAGGCCCCCCAUGGUGGUUCCCACACCAACAGCUGCAUCUGUACCACCAGCCUUUGCCACAUCUUUUCAGAAGGCGCCGCCUACCUGCAUCCCUUCAAUAUUGAGUUCAGUCUCUUCUCUUCUACAAUGCUGUACAUCAUCUGGAAGAACACGGGGCGGCAAAGCCCCAGCCAAAAGCCCCAGCUUACUCACAAGGCACACUUCCAUCUCAGUGGGGCUUUUGUGGGGCUAGUGCUGGGGGCCUUGGCCAUUUCAGCGACAUUUGGGGUGAUGAUCUCCUUUGGAGUGCUUGCCAAGUCUCCCCACACCAUUCCUGAAGCCCUACGGACAUACUACAUCUUCAACUCUGUGCUCUUGUCUGCCAUGUUCCUGGCAACUUUGAUUGGCAUUGCCACCUACAGAAUGAAGAAAAAAUCUGCGGCUCUCCCUUCUGACAAAAGCGUGGUAAGAAACUUAGAUGUCACUUUGCUUCUGGGCAGCUCCUGUGGUCCCCUCAUGGUAUCCAUCUUCUCUUUGGUUGCCAUCUUAUUUCUUCAUACCAAUGGUGGCCUCCACCUCCUAGACUUCUGCUUCUCCCUCUGCAAGACCAUCCAGAUAUUGGGACAGAAUCUCUUCAUUACUGAAGCUUUAUACUCAAGCCUCCCUCAAGAGCCAGAUGGCCAAGACAACAGCAAUUCUGCUGCUGCCAGCUGGAUCUUUUCCAUUUCCAGAGGUCCUGCAGAACAGGACGGCAAUAGACCUUACUCCAAAACCCAUACACUGACCAACAUCAUGGCCAGUUUGGAAAAUCAACUGCCCAUGCACUUGUCAGAUCAUGGUGAUGACCCAUCCCUCUUCCAGAUUUCACACAUUCAGAGAGAACCUAAAAAACAAAGUAUCAGAAGGAAGGUCCUACAAAACAUCUCAAUUCUCCUCAUCUUCUACAACAUAUCGGUGUGGAUUCUAUAUGCCUAUGGGACCCGCCCGCACCUGGUGAGCCAGAUUGAGCAGUCUUUCUAUGGCUUCACACUCUGGGCCAUCGUGGUCAAGAUCUCCCUGCCACUGGGCAUCUUUUACCGCAUGCACUCCGUGGCUAGUCUCUUUGAAGUUUACUGCAAGACCUGCAAAACACCACCAGCCUUAGGACCACCAAUGCACCCUGACAUCAUGGGGAGAGCAGCAUAAGUGCCCCCACACAUGAGGGAAGCUAAAAGAAGCUGCCCUUUAUACAAGAGAGGGUUGCAAAGCUAUCUACCUAUUGCACCAACCAGCAUUUCAAGCAAAUCACACAUUCCU